AUGUUCUACGCAGUUUUGCUGAUCGGCCUCAUGCUCGAGAUGGCACGGGCAGCGCAAGCCGGAGACGAAUGCGAAGAGGUAACUGGCAGCGAACCCAACACUUGCAAGGCCUGUAGCGCCGUCAUCAACGGCAAGAAGUACUGCUCGCAGUGCAACAGCGGUGGGUCUCAAUCUGCCCCGACGGACGGCAAGUGCACAACAGACAACAACGAAUGUAGCCAAAAACAAGAUGGGAAGUGUACACAGUGCGCUAAUAAAUCCUUCAUGUACAAGGGCGGAUGCUACAAGGAUAGCCAGGCACCUGGCAACACGAUGUGUGAAACAGCAACUGAUGGAGUGUGCACGCAGGCUAAGGCUGGGUACUUCCUACCACCCGAUGCUGAUAGAGAUAAUGCACACCAAUCGGUCAUACCAUGUGGAGAUGACACAGUAGUAACGCUUGGAAAUAGCAAACAGUACAAGGGCGUACCGCACUGCACUCAGUGUGAGAAGCCCACAGAGGCAAGUGAUACUACUACUGCCAAGGCUGCGACGUGCACGGCUUGUGAGGACGGGUUCUUUGGGGCUACUUGUGAAGCAUGCCAAGACGAGAAUUGCGCUACGUGUGCCAUGACAGGCAAUAACAAGUGCAGUAAGUGUAAAGGAACUGGUACUAAGACAUAUCUGAAAGUGGACAGUGGCAGCACAGGCACGUGCGUCGAAGCAUCUGGAUGUACAGCGGCUACGUUUCCAAAGGUCGAUGAACAACAGGGAAACAAGUGCGCUGCAUGUAAUAGUGUGCCAGAUGGUGGAAUCGCUAAUUGUGCGACGUGCAGUCUGCUCACUCAAGGAUCUAGAGCCGCCCCUUUGGUCACAUGCUUGACGUGUGAACAAAAUAAGUAUCUCACUCCAGAAAAGAAUGCGUGCUUAGAUACCUGCCCUGCUGGAAUGUAUGCCGUUAGUGGCGAUAGCGGCAAUGUUUGUACCCCCUGCCACGAGUCGUGCGCAAGCUGUAGCAAUGACGCAGCAACGUCGUGCACGGCCUGCUAUCCGGGGCAUGUGCUGAGUCGGUCGUCUGGUGACGCAGGAACGUGCAUAAAAGAGUGCACGGGAGACUUUAUGGCCCACUGCAAGGCCGACGGCUGCUCACUGAACGUCGGAGGCUCGAAGUACUGCGAUCAGUGCGAGGAGGGGUACGCCCCAGUCGACGGCGUCUGCACAUCCAUACCUGCAACAGCGAGAGAUGCCUCCGGAUGUAAGGCAAGUGGCGGGAAAUGCACUGAGUGUGGGGCAAACUACGCUCUGUUAUCGGGCGGAUGCUACAACACACAGAAGCUUCCUGGUAGCUCUGUGUGUACGGCUGCACAGAAUAAGGGACAAUGCCAAACGUGUGCCAAUGGACAAAGCCCAGCUGGAGGAAAAUGUCCGGCGUGUACUGAAGGAUGUGUGAAGUGUGCGGGUAGUAAGGAAACCUGCACAGAUUGCUUAGCAGGGUAUUACAAAGGUGCCGGUGAUAAAUGCUUCAAAUGCACGGAUAGUGAUAAGGCUAGCUCUAAUGCAAUAACUGGUGUAGAAAACUGCAUAAGCUGUGCCCCGCCAGCUGGUGGCAAUGGCCCUGUCACCUGUUACGUAACGCAACAAAAGGCUGACGAUGGCACCGGCGGAGAUACUGGAGGAGACAGCACGAACAAGAGCGGCCUCUCCACGGGCGCCAUCGCGGGGAUCUCCGUCGCUGUGGUCGCUGUCGUGGGGGGCCUCGUGGGCUUCCUCUGCUGGUGGUUCCUCUGCCGGGGGAAGGCGUGA